GUUAACACAACAACAACAACAAAAUUAGACAAUACUCUUUUUAUACGAUGGCCAGACUCGGAAGUGAUGCUUAGGUUUCAUCAGUAGAAAUAAGGGAAAGUGGUCUAAAAGUUGAAAGCAGAAACGGUUUCUAUCCUUCUAUUGGUGGACGCAUCUGAAUUUUGAACAGACGAUUGGAAGAUUUUGUGUUGGUCAUAUUGAAGUACUUCACGAAUAAUUAAAAAAGUGGCCCAAAUGCACAGCAGGCAACAGCGGUUCCUGCAGCCUCCGGCUACCCCGUCGCGGCAGGGGGCCCAGCAGCAGUCGUUCGCGCUGCAGCCGGGCCGGCAAGCACCCCCUGCGCCGGCCUCCCAGAAGCAGUCGGCGCCCUCGGCGCCCAAGCCCCAGGCCCUCCAGCAGCAGCAAGGGCAGGCGAUGCUGGCGAAGCAGGGGCAGAAGCAGGCCGUGUCGCAGGCGCCCCCGUCCGGCGUGCAGCAGGCAGCGCAGAAGCCAGCGCAGGCCCAGUCCUCGACGGAGCAGGAGGCCGAGGUGUGCGCGGCGGGGCAGGACAGCGCUCUCGACGCAGAGACGCUGAAGCUGAAGCUGCAGCGCGGGUCGGAGCAGCUGCUGCAGUGGAGCGUGCAGCAGGAGUACGCGCUCACCGACCUCAGGAAGCAACUGGACGAGUCGCUGGAGGUGCGAGACCGCCUCAAGAAGAACAUGCUGGACCUGCAGAUGCAGCUCGAGCAGAACUCGCAGAAGUACCAGGUCGAGAAGCAGGGCCAGGAGAUGCUCAUGGAGAAGGUCCAGAACACUCGUGCCAUCUACUCUGUGCUCCACGAACACUUCCAGAAGGUCAACGAGUCUCUCGAGAACUGUUACAAAGUGAAAGAUCAGAUAGUUCAAAACCAGCAUUCACUGAAGGAGUACCUAGAUUCUCUCAGAGAACCUGUCGAAAGGGCCGAAGCAUUGUGCUACAAGAGAAUAAAGGCUAUGGAAGAACUAGUGGAAGUGCAAGAGGAAGUUCACAAAGCAGAACUUGAAAAGGCAAAAGCAGCUGCGAGUGACUUGGAGCGGAAGCUGCAGGAGGCAAAGCAUCUGAUGGAUUUGAAAAGUGACAAGUGCUUGGAGCUAGAAAGUAAGCUCGAUUUGGCCUCGAAAACUGUUGACGUUAUCACAAGUGAGAAAGACAAAACUAUUUCACAACUGCAGCAGGAACUAAAGAGUGUUUUAAAUGCUGUCAAAGAAAAAGAGGCACUGAUAAAAAAUAAAGAUAUGAAAAUUGAAAGUGUGGUGUCUCAGAUCAAACAUUUGGAACAAGAAAUGAACAAUGUGAAACUCUCGUACAAGAAAGCUUGUUUCGAGAAUUCGGUCUUGCAGGACAAUUUGGAACAUUUAAAAAGUGAAGUAGAGGAACUUGAAGGCCACAGGAAUUUGUUGGCAAAACAACUUGAAGACUCAAAAAAUGACUAUCACAAACUUGAAGUGGAAAAUCAGGCAGUGAAUGCAAAGCUUGAAGAAAAUACAGGUGCUCAAAAAUUACUGGAACAGGACUUGGCAACCAUGAAACUUCAGUUACUGCAGAAAAGCACUGAUAUGGAGUCUCUUCAGAGUAAGUACCUAGCUGAAACUGAAGAGUUAAAAGCGUCUGUUACGUUUCACAAAGUAAACUAUGAAAAAGUUGCAAAUGAGCUGGAAGAUACGUUGGCAACGGAAACGGAAAUACAGGAUAUGCUAAGUGACAAGGAUAAAGAAAUUGCUGAUCUCACUGCACAGUUGCAAUCUCAAGUUGCUGAGAAGACUGAAAACACUAACAGAAUGAUGAAACUGGCCGCAGAAAAUGAUGCACUUUCAACUAGGCUAUCUGAUUUUGAAAACCUGUUGACCAAAGAGCGUGAGCACAAGGACCUUCUGGAGAAGGAACUUGCCGCUGCGAGUUCCAAGCAGCAAGAGCUCCAAGAACAAAUAUGUAAACUCAGGUUAGAGCUGGAUGAUAAAUGCAGCACUAUCGAGAAUGAAUGGAAAGAAAAGAUGUCUUCAGAAGUGCAGAGGGUCACAAGGGAAAUGGAGGAAGCUCAAAAAUGCCUGAAGGCCCAAAUGGAUGAGAAUCUGAAACUCGAAGAAGUGAAAUAUACAGAGUGGCGAGAUGAAUUUGCUUCAGAGAUGCAAAAGAAAAUGGAUGAAAUAAAAAAAGAAUACAGCGAGGUCACAGAGUUGAAGACAAAGCUGGAAAUUGAAAUCCAAGAAAAAGAUGAAGUGUAUAAAAUGGUGGUUGAACAGAGUAACACCCUUGCAACUGAAAUUCACGAGAAGGGAAAUGAUGUCAUUAAAUUGCAACAGGCUUUAAGUGCUUCAGAGAAAUCUAAAGAAGAAGCUGUAAGUAUACUGAUGAAAAAGGUUGAAGAAGUUGAAGCUAAACGCAUGCAGAAUCUAAAGGAUCUAAUGAAAGAAGUAGAUGAUGACAUUCUGAAACUUAAAAAUGAUAUCUCCAAAAAUAUGGAAACUAUUUCUAAGCUUGAAAAAAAUAUAAAAUCGAAAGAUAGUAACAUAAAUGAUUUAAAAAAGAAGCUAUGGAAGGCAGAAAAAGCUCUAAAAGAAGCAUCCAAAAAGGAAAAUGUCAAAAAUUUGACUGGCGUGCUUAAACCUAAAGCAGCAUCUCAGGAUAAGGUUGAAAUUCCUAAUUUUGAGUCACCGCUUCCUGUAAGCUCUGGAAAUUCGUGGAAGAGGGUCACAUUUGAUGUUACAGAUGACUCUGAUGUGUCAUCUAUUGAUAUGCCCAUUCCUCGAGAAAACGAUGAAAGUAAGGUUUUCGGCUCUGAGACCAACAAGGCAGCCCUGAUAUUCGGAAAACCUAAGCAUCGAGAAAAUAAAGAAAAUCAGCUUAAUGAAAGCAAGGUUUUCGACUGUGAGACCAGCAAGGCAGCCCUGAUAUUCGGCAAACCUAAGGAGGGACCACAGGCAAAGGAAAUAAAUCCUUGGAAAACAACUUCUGCAUCUGGCAAACGAAAGCCUCAAGCAGAAGAAAACAUGAAGAAUAAAUCCAGAAACAAAUUUUUUAAGGGCCGUGAAAAUAAGAAACAAGAUGAAGGCUCCAUUGACUUUGGUUCUCUAAAUUUUGAUGAUAUAUGAAGCUGCAAGAAUUUGUGAAUGGGUAAAAAUAAUAUACAUAUUGAUAUUUUUUGAACAUUAGCUGUUUUUAAUUUUAUUAAGUCAAUGUGAAAGUAUUGACUGUUGUUAUUUAAAUAUUAUUUAUUUAAAUAUUAUGGGCAGUAAAUCUCUAGUAGAAAUACUGUCUGUUCUGUAAACAAUACAGUUGUAGUCUAAGGUUUUUUUCAUACAUAUGAAAGUAUGUUAUUGAAUCUGAAACAUGGUCAUUUCCUUGUAGUGAUAAAACACGGACAUGUUCUUGAUGAGAAUAGUUAGGUUUUUUUGGGUACUCAACCUGUACUCCGUGUCUGUUUGCUUAAUUUAUUUUUGGCAUCUUUUAGGUUGGAAAACACCAACAUUUAAUUUUCAGUAAAUUUACAAAAUAAUUUAUUGUGAUUUCCUUUACCUUCAAUAAAAAAUUCCAACUGUAGUUCUUUCUUUCCUAAACCUAAUGUUUCUAUUACUGAUAUACCAAAUAUCAUGACAUUUGUCAUGUCUUAUUCAGUUUCUUUUAUCAAGGCACAUUGGUUGAGUGUCCCACUAGGGCGACCGGGGUUCAUUUCCUGGUGAGGUCAAACCUAGAUAUUCGAAAAUGGGGAAUGUGGUAUACGUUGCCAAGUUUUCUCGGGGAACUCCCAUUUCACCCACUAAUUCAUUCUGUUGCUGCUCCAUUCCCAUCUCAUCUCACCUUAACACAUUCUCUAGGCUGGCCGGAACGACAGGUCUGUUCCUCGGGUAGGGCAGCAGGCUCCUACGAGUGUCAGCCCCAUUUCGUCCAUGCAAACUGUGCCUCAUUUGGGUUAACUACUUGUUGAUUUUCAUUUUUCAUUCAGUUUCUUCUCACAAAUAAUAUAUUUUCUGUACUAUCUACUUACUGAAAGUAUUUCUCAGGAAAAAAAUGUAUUAUUAAUGUGUUGGGAAAAGUUCUGAAAAAAAAAUGUCACUGCAAUUUGUUACUAAUUCAUCUAAAUAGCUGCGUGUUGAAAGCAUUGUUACUUGAGCAAAUUCGUUUAUGGAAAUCAUGUUGUUUUCUGCAUUAUUUAGUAUUCUAACUGGCACACUCAAUGCAUUUUCAGAGUUUAAUUUGAUAACAUUGUGAGAGUUUUGAAAAUGUGUUACUUUGAAUAGCUACAGCAGUCAGUGUCCAGACUCUAGAUUAAGCUCUUUUAAAUUGCUAUAUACAUAUUAAUUAUUUCACUGUCAGAGGAGUCCUCAUGCAACACAAAGUAUUUGUUGAGUAUGAAAAUUGAACUUAUCAUUUAGUAGAUACUUUUGCACCAUUUCAUUAUUCCUUUAUAUUCUCUUUUAUGAUCAUCCUUCAACCAAAUCUUGUUCCUGAUUUUACGGCUAUGUGCCAAGUAAGGUAAAAUUGAGUGGAAACGCUUUGCUCCUGAAACAAAACUUUCACAGUUGAAUGAGUACCUAAAUGUAACAAUUAUUUUUUGAAGUCAAUAGGUGGAUUAUAAGUAAUACAAUGAAUCCCUUUUAAGUAGUUUGUUUAUAAAUUACUUAGAAAUUUAAGACUUUUUAAUGGGAUAAUUUUAUUAAAAUAGAAAAAUGUUAUGUAUAUGUUCCUAGUUCAUGUGCUAAUUUUUUAAAUAUUUUAAUAUGCAGAAAAUUUCCUUAAGUAAUAAUUAUUUUAAGAGGUAUUUACUGUAGCUACUAUCAAACCAAAUACUUGUAAUGGAAUACAAAGUUAUUAUUUAGAUAUAGAAUAUUCAUCAAUGCAACCAUUCCUAUACUAAUAUCAAUAUAUAUAAUUUUCGAAUCUUACUUCUUCUGGUGUGCAUUUUUGUCUGUAUUCAAAAUCAAAAUUUGCUCACAUCAAAUGUAUGGCCUACCUGUUAUCAAUGUAAAUGUACAGCUUCAAUUAACAUUUUUAAGUAAGAACGUAUUAGGUAUUUAUAAUUACAUUAGUAUCUUGUAUACUCCUGAGUACGAAACUUGUUGAAUUUUUUUUUAAUUUUAAUGAUUUAAAGAGGUAUAUAUUAUUUAAAAUAUAAAAAAAUAUUGAAAUAUAUGACCAACCCCCAACUUAGUAGGUAUGCUUAUUGUCAUUGAAUAUGUUGUGUUGGAUUUAGCCAAGUCAUAGUAUUUAUGUAUCUAUGUAUAUAAUGUUUGUAUGUAUAUAAUCUUUUUUUUUAGAGCUGAAAUAUAGAAAUGCUAGAAGAUUGAUUUAUAUACUUAACAGUGUAUCAGUUUAGUAAUGUAAUGAAACUUUCUAUUUCUUCUUCAUAGUUUAAUGUACAUAUUUAUACUUUUCAUUCUUGUACCAAAUUAAAGGGUGUUGAUAAUGUUUUUGUUUAGCAUAACAUUAAUUUUGAAUUACUUAAAACUUACAUAUUUAACAAAAACUCAUUAAUAUUAAAAAUGUUUUAUCUGUACCUAGUCAUAUAAAUGUUAUUAUUUAUUUCUUAGUCUAAUUUUUACUACUUAGUACUAAUUACAGAUGUGUUUCGUUAGUCAAA